AUGCAGCACUACGGGGUGAAUGGCUACUCACUGCAUGCCAUGAACUCGCUCAGUGCCAUGUACAACUUGCACCAGCAGGCAGCCCAGCAGGCCCAGCAUGCCCCAGACUACCGGCCGUCGGUGCACGCACUUACCCUGGCUGAGCGCCUGGCCGGCUGUACAUUUCAAGACAUCAUCUUGGAGGCCCGCUAUGGCUCCCAGCAUCGUAAACAGCGUCGCAGCCGCACGGCAUUCACUGCUCAGCAGCUCGAGGCCCUGGAAAAGACCUUCCAGAAGACUCACUACCCAGAUGUGGUGAUGCGUGAGAGGCUGGCCAUGUGCACCAACCUGCCAGAGGCCCGGGUGCAGGUGUGGUUCAAGAACCGCAGGGCUAAGUUCCGGAAGAAGCAGCGCAGCCUGCAGAAGGAGCAGCUCCAGAAGCAGAAGGAGGCUGAGGGCUCCCAUGGGGAGGGCAAGACUGAGGCCCCAACCCCAGACACCCAGCUGGAGACUGCCCAGCCCCCCAGCCUGCCCAGCGGGGACCCCCCUGCUGAGCUUCACCUGAGCCUGUCUGAGCAGUCAGCCAGUGAGUCAGCUCCCGAGGACCAGCCAGACCGGGAGGAAGACCCCCGGGCAGGCUCCGAGGAUCCUCAAACGGCAAAAAGCCCUGGCGCUGAGAGCAAGGGGCUGGGGUGCAAGAGGAGCAGCCCCAAGGCAGACUCCCCAGGCAGCGUGGCUCUAGCUCCUGCAGCCCCCACUGCCGGCCUCCUGGGCCCCUCCCACUCCUACUCCUCAUCCCCGCUGAGCCUCUUCCGUCUGCAGGAGCAAUUCCGCCAGCACAUGGCUGCCAGCAACAACCUGGUGCACUAUUCGUCCUUCGAGGUUGGGGGCCCGGCCCCUGCUGCAGCCGCUGCAGCCGCUGCUGCUGUCCCCUACCUGGGUGUCAACAUGGCCCCGCUGGGCUCCCUGCACUGCCAGUCCUACUACCAGUCCCUGUCAGCAGCCGCUGCUGCCCAUCAGGGCAUGUGGGGGUCCCCACUGCUGCCUGCACCCCCAGCUGGCCUGGCACCUGCCUCGGCUGCCCUGAACAGUAAAACCACAAGCAUUGAGAACCUGCGGCUCCGGGCCAAACAGCACGCAGCCUCCCUGGGACUGGAUACACUGCCCAACUGACUGAUGGCCUCCAACCCAGCCGGGGGGGUCUUGGGUACCCCCUCCCAGCCCCAUGGUUAUCCCCAGAUGGCUCUCCAGGAGUUAAGUCUAUGAGUCCAGGGAUCCUGGGGUCUUGGAGUCCUGCUCCUGUUCCCCACCCCAAAACCCCAGCCCUAGGUGAAGCCACACCCUCACUCCCUCUGCAUGGCCCUGCUUGGAUCCCACAGAGGCGGAAUGGGAGGAGGUGGGAGGCUAGAGUGCCCCCCACUUUCUGUGGGGUAGUGAGGGGCUCUCACUGGCUAGAUCUCCCCCUCAGUGUUGCCUCCUCCCUUCCCUCCCACCCCCCCCUCCCCUAGUAAGUUGAUGCGUGGAAUGUGAGACAUAAAUAUAAAUAUAUAACACUAUAUAUUCAGGCCCUUGCCUGUCCCGGGCCCCCUGCCCGACUCUGGCUCUCCACUGGCACCCUGGCCUCCGCCUAAGACUUGUGUUUCUCCCUCUCAGGCUUUCCCUUCUCUCUCUCCCCUUCCUUCUUCCCAGACCUCCUUCUCCCUGCCUUAGUCCUGCUCCCUGCCCCCUCAGCCCAGCACCUGUCCUCUCCUCUCUGGACCUUCCCCAUGUCUCUUCUCCCUGGCCCUGCUUGCUUUCUUCCAUGCUGGCUCUGUUGGUGUGGUCAAUUCCCAAACAUGUUUUGUUUGGGGUUGUGGCUUUUAGCUGUAGUAAUUCUGCUUCUUCCUGUUCCUCCCCUUCUUCUUCUGCUCCCCACACUGGCACCCUCUUGGCAGCUGUCCCUUUCCAUCCCUAGCAGAGGUGGAAAGGCCCUGGCUGGGGACCCUGUAGCCAGGAUCUGCAGGCAGAAGGUGGCACUGGCCCCAUACCCACCCUCCCCCAGGCCUGGGGUCUAGAAGGGGCCUGAGUCACGUUUGCUUCUCUCUCUUUCCUCAGCUUUGAGGCCCCAUGCCCAGGAUUGAGGAGGAGGGGAGCAGAGGCAGGAGUCAGGCUGAGGCAGGCCGUAGAAUGGCAGCCUCUGUCCUUGUAAGCCCACCAGGACAGAGGCCUGCUGCCAGCACUCAUCCAGGACUGACUGCAGGACUCUAGGCCUCUCUUUGGUGAGACUUCCCUGGCUGGAGGGAGGCAUGAAGGGAAAAGGUGUGCCCCAAGUCAGGUCUCUUCAGAGGAACGGGGCAGGACCCCCUACCUGGCAGUGUGUACACUGCACGGGUGCAUCCAAGCCCGGAAGGAAGGUUGAACUCUAGCUCCUGAUCACAGUAAGUGCAAACCACACAGUGAUACGUAGUCUCAGGCUUCUGUUGGCUUCUUCUCCUAGAGCCAAUUGUUGAGGCAAGGGCUUCUGCCCAGCUAGUCACUGGCACAGAAAGGCAUGUUCCUGUUUAUGGCUAGGAACCCAGCUCAGUAAACUCCCCUUCAAAGCAGUGUGACCGUGAGUCAGCCUCUAGCGUCUCUGGGCCUGUUUCCCCAUCUGGAGUAGCUGGCCUGUGACAUCCUGUCCAGCUCUAACAUUCUGCAUGUCUGUACUUAUAAAACUUCUUGCAAGGCAGAAGUUUUUAGUCAAACAACAACAAUAACAGCAAAAGGGCUCUCAAAUGCACAAUGUAUAAAUUAGAAAAUUACUGUUGCUUUGCUGUGAAGCAAUGGGUAUUGUGUGUGCAAGCCUCUUUGUACACAGCCACAGUCUCUGGGCCUUAGUUUCCCUAUAGGUAUAAUAGAUCUCUUCUAGUUGAGAUGACCUGGAUUUGAUCCUGCUUUUUUUGAGUUUCAGUGCCAGCCUCUGUGGUCACCAUCUCCAUGCCUUCAUGUGGUCUCAGGGCAAGGGGAGGGGAGUGGCUUGCACAGAUUCAGGGUCAUGAUCCCCAACUCUUUGUGGCUCAACAUGGAACCCUCUACUUCCUGCUUAGAGAAGCUGCAUCUGAAAACAACGGUUGUGAUUG